AUGCUGCUUUCGCUGUUCCUGCAAUUCUUUCUGGCUGCUGGCUUCAUGGUGAUCGCGGCACCACAUGGGAACGAGGAGGGGUCAGCAUCUGUUGCCCAUAACGUGCCUCCCAGGACACCCAAUGAAUCCUUGCGGAAUUCUCCUUUCUUCAAAAAGUUUAUCAGUGGUGCGUCGGCAGUAAAUAAAAUACCAGGUGCCUCCCUUGAAGAACCCAUGAGCGAGGAAGAUCUAAAAAGAAAAAUGGUUUGGCAGAGAACCAUUGAGAGGAACCAAGACCAACCUUCUACGGUGAUACCAAUCGGAGUGGAUGCUGUAAAAAGAGAAAGAUGUGAAGCCUUACCAUUUCUGCAGAUCGUCUCUAGAAAACACUGCAUUCCAAUUAGGAUCCCCAACAAAUUUUGCUUUGGUCAGUGUAACUCGUUCUAUGUGCCUGGUCAUCCAUCCAGUUCCUGCUCGUCCUGUAUUCCGGUUUUGUCCCGACGCAUUUCAGUGGCUCUGCAAUGUCGCUAUGGUAGAAUUUCCUGGGAGGAGGUAGAACUAGUGCAAACAUGUGACUGUAUGGCGCAGUCCGAUAAGGCGGUGCAGUAA